AACACAUGGGUCAUCCCCCCCAAAAGUGUCAGAGUGAUGUAUGCACAGGGGAUUGUAGCUUUGUUUCCCUAUCUAGAAGACCCAUACUCACAACAUGGAUAUGAACAUUACUACGAUCCAGAGAGUGGUUCAGGAUACCUUGCAUGGGGAUUAAAGACCAUACAAAGAAAAACAGCAGAGGAAAGAGGUGCCUCAGUUAGCAAAUCUCCUAAAGUUGGUGGGCCAGGCCGUGUUCCUCAGACCUUCACCUUUGACAGAGAGCCAUCCGAUGAGGAUGUGGAAGUAGCUAUUGCUGUUUUGAGACACUCUGCUGAUGAAAAGACUGUCUGUGAGAAGAUGAAAAUGACCUUCAUGUAUCGGCAAGCAAUGGUCAACAAUGAAGCCAAAUCAUCAGAUGUCUUCUUGGUCUUCCCACGAUUUCUGGACAUACCAGGCCUGAUAGAACAAGAUUUCAGAUUUCUGUUUGGUGAGGCCAUGGCCAACAAAUUCUUGGAGAAGUGGCCAACCACUUUUAAAGCAAAAGUUAUAAAGGAAAGCCAUGGACUUGUACCCACCACAGAACUCUUGGAUUUGAUGUGCAAUGCUGAGUCAGCUGCUGAUGUUGAGAAUGGCUGGGACAGUGACAUGUCUGACAUCUUACUGCUGCUACAUCUGCUAUCAUCUGCCCAAGGUGGAAAGAGGCCGGGAAAGCUUUCUGUGUAUCAAGCUGUAGAUCAGCUCAUCAGAUUCCAAAAGGUUGGAACCAGUGUGCAGCAGGAUCUAGACAACAUUACCCAAAGCAGUCAGCCCUACCUUCUCCCCCAGGGAUCCACACAGAGCACCAUUCAUUCCUACUUCCUUGUGGUUGACAAGCAUGCACUUCCAUGCAAGGCAACAGGUUCAGUUGGAGCUUUUGACGAACUCUUUAAAGCCCAUUACGUCUUUGGUACUUCAUACAGUUCUUCCCUUAGCAGCUUUUUCACUUUUGUGCAAACAACCAUCUAUAACAUUGACAUGGGGGAAACAAAGGAGACUCCUAGAGUUGCGGGCGAGAAUGGUGCAUUAGUUGAGAUAAAACUAUAAGUGUUUUCUUUGCAAAAGUGACCAUGGAAGUCCAAACAACCUUGUUAAGCACUUUAAGGUAAUUCAUGGGCUUUGUACAGGCAGGACCCUUUUUCUGAAGCGUGCCAAAUUGCUUUCUCUGGUAAACAUUUUUAUGAUGUUAUACAUGUUUCUGUUUUCUGACAAGGCAAUGGGUUUGCAAUGACGUUGUAAUUCUUUAAAUUCAAUGACGUUGAAAUGCUUUAUUUUUUUUUCCAAUAAAUUGAUUUCUGUGAUCUAG